AUGGGGUGCAGGUGCUGCAAAAUGAUACAAAGCUACAUUUUUGAUCCAGAAGAGUUACAAUCACCUGGAUGCACUCAUGAAGGAAACAGCUACAAACAAGAUGAGCAAAGAAGCAAUAAAUUCAAAUUCAAACAGAACCGUGAAAUUAAAGAACAGAAAAAAGAACUCCAGAAGGAUGAGCUAAAUAGAACAGGAAUUAAAAAUGAGGUAAACAGCACAGGGGAGACCCUCUGGAACCACAGAGGCGAUGCUUUUCAAGAUGACAGCCUUGUGAAGUGUGUUGCAAAACUUGAUGUCACAGUCAAUGGCAGCAAUUCCCAUGCUGGUGUGCACCCCAUUCUCAGUCCUAGCACAAACUCAGUGAAGGAAGCCAGUGAACAGGGCACCUCCAGCCAGCCAGCAGAGCCUUCUUCAGUCAACACUGGAGACUUCCACUCCAAACUGAAUGAGUGUGGCCAAGAGCUUGACCUAGGAGCAGGCAGACACAGGAAGGCAGACUGCAGUCAGACAAACAGUAUUCAAGGUGUGAUGCCCCGGUCUAUAGAAGAUAACAACUUUCUCAAAGGAAGUGCAGUACUGGAGAUCCAAAAUAAUGAUGCCAUAAGACUGCCAGAUAUAGAUUAUUGCCAAAAUGGCAAUCAAAUCAGGAACUAUGUUGAAAAAGAUAGCAUUUCAGUCAACUAUGCACACCCAGACCAAAUGAGUAAGCAUUCAGCAAUGCAGGGCCAAGACCUUCAUGUAACCUCACCUUUGCAUGUGAAGAAAAGCAGUAUUGAGCCUUUUAACAGUGACUCUGCAGGCUUGAGUGAGGACAUUCCCAAAGGCAUUGCUGCCGCAGCUGUGCCCACAGCAGCACAGGCACCCACACACCACAGCCACAAAGACAUCAAUGGACAAACUGAGGAGGAAGACGCAGAAAUAGCAGCAGCUCUGGCUGCACUGGAAGCUGCAACUGCAGGCGAAGACCUGGAAGAGGAUGAUGAAUACUAGAUGAAGGUCUCUUUCUGAUACACUGGGUGAGAUCCAGAUUUUUUUUUUUUCCUGGAUUUACAUGAAUGCAUGUGCUGUUCAUGGGGACAGCUGUUA